UUAUUUUGCGAAUGUUUCCACUGUUUUGACAUUUUGUUCAUAGAUCAGUGUCGGCAAUGACUGAGGCACUUGAGGCACAACUCGAGACUCUUACAAACGAAAACGUAUUUUUGCAAAAAUAUUUCUCCUUGAGGAAAAAGUGUGAACAGUUGCAGCAGGCCAAUGAGAAGAUUGUAAAUAGGAUACAACACGUAAAGAAACUCAUCAAAAGAUACAAACGAGAGAGGAGGUUUCUGGCUAACCGUCUGGAUGAACAUGGAGAUGAUUACAGAAAUGCCCCGAUUCCUGUCAUGUGGGAAGAAGACAAGAUAUAUGACCCAGUUCGACCAAUGAAAAGCAGUGAUGGGAGGUCACAAGGGGUCAAACAUUCCUCUGACAUCAUUUCGGCUGUUAGCCCUAGAGUUCUAGCAGACAUGGGACAAGUCUCCUCUAGUAAAUCUAAGAAGAAGACAGAGAAAGUAAAGGAUUUUGUCGGCCCCAAGAAACCCGCUAACGCCUUCUUAUUGUUUUGUCAGCAUCGGAGAACUGCAGUGGCAGAGGAUUACUUUAAGGAAAAACAUGAAGAAAUAUCCAACCAUGAAUUAACUCGCAGAAUUGCACUGGAGUGGAACAUUCUCAAACCAGAAAAGAAAAAGGUUUACUUUGACAUGUACGAGCAUGAGAAGGAACAAUACGAGAGAGAGAUGAAGAUUUACCAGGAACAGGAACAGUCGAGGAGGAGUGAUCGCGAGGUGACCCGAGGCCUAGCCAGGUCCGAGGAGGCUGUGGACGAGGCAGCUAUGGGGAUGGAGGCCCAGAGUGCUGUAGACGCGCUCAUGAUGGACAACUGAUGAGGCUGAAAAAUUAAAAUAAUGUGUUUCUGGUAACCCGACCAGGAUAAAAUGAAGUGUACAUAUUAAAAAUGUGUGUAGAAUUGCUGAAGUAUCAUUAUUACCAAGCAUUUAUAUUAGUUCAAUCUUCCACAUUUCAUACCCCUGUUCAUGCUUGUGGUAAUAUUAAUUGUCGUAGAUUGAAUUUGACAGGAUGUAUUUUAAAGAUUUGUGUGUGUAAUUUAGAAAGUUUUGCAUGUUAAAAAAUGUGUGCAA